AUUUUUUAGUGCAUAACAAAUUUUACAACAAAUGUAACUAGUCUAGGAACCACCAAUGAACCUAGAAGAAACGAAGAAUUAAAAUCUGUUCGGUUUAUGACACUAAAGGCUGCAGAAAAAGGUUUGGACUUAUGGAAAGUGCCAGAGAAGGAGGGAGAGGAGGUACAAGAGGCAAAAGAAAUCGUACUGAGCAGGACAGAGAUGUUCGCCUGUCUAAAUCCAUGUCUUAUGUGUUACGUCAUGGAGCCAGUCAGAUGGGUUUUCAAAUGGGCACAGAUGGCUUCCUGUUUGUGGAGGAUCUCCUGGCUCACCCACAGUUCCGCUCUCACACAUUAGAGGACAUCGAGAGAGUUGUAGCCACGAAUGACAAGCAGCGCUUUAAGCUUCGUUCCCACCCAGAGGAUGGCCGGCUGCAGAUUCGAGCCAAUCAGGGUCAUUCAGUACAGGUGGAGGAUCUGGAGCUGAAACCAGUGCUGGCGGAUUCUCCAGACUGCCCAGCUGAGGCUGUUCAUGGCUCCUACCUGCGCAACUGGAGCGCCAUAAAACAACAAGGCCUGAAGCGCAUGAACAGGACUCACAUCCACCUGGCUUUGGGUCUGCCGGGGGAAGACGGCGUCAUAAGUGGCAUGAGAAGAAAUUGUGAUCUUGCUGUGUUUAUUGAUGUUCCCAAAGCUCUUGCUGAGGGCAUUGAGUUUUUCUGGUCAGAGAAUGGCGUGUUGCUGACUUCAGGCGACAGUGAGGGUAGACUUCUUCCUAAAUACUUCAUCCGGGCCUUAAGACUGAAGCCUUCAAGAAGUCUCCUGCCUUUGGAGUAACAUCAGCAG